CCCCCCCCCCCAAAAAAAGGGAGAAAAAUCACGUGUUUGCGAUCAAAGGAGAUACGCUUUGUAGAGGAAGGGAGGAGGGGAGGGGUGAAAAAGAAAGGGGAGGGGGCGUGGAGCAGGAAUGAGGGACGGAGCGGGGGAGGAGGCUUGAGCGGCAGCCAGUGUCAUUGACAGACUCUCGGUGAACUAAACACGCUCCCCCGGUGCGUUUCCGCACAUUUUCGCUCCUCGUCUCCCCCCCACCCCCUCCCCCGAAAACAAACAAACAAACAAACAAACCAAAAAAAAAAUCCUAUUUCGGCACAUCGUAGCAACGGUCUAGCCUCGCGUCGGCCAUGCCGUUCCGCUCGGUGCCUCAAAGCCAGCCGGCGAGAUGAUAACGACGACUACCAGGACGACGACCAGGACGAUGCUGCUGCUGAUGCCGACGAUGGUGGCGCCGUGGCGGGGCGGCUCGGAGCGGGACCACCCGCACCCGCAACCGCACCCGCUCCCGCACCACUACCACCAUCCCGGCUCGUCGGCCGCGGCGGCGCUGCUCUUCCUCGCCGCCGUGCUGGCCUCCGAGCCCCGCGUCGCCCUCGCCAAGGAUACGGCCUAUGUGGAGGUGGUCCUGUUCGAAUCCAGCGCCAACGGGGAUUACACGACGUACACGACGGGCUUGCAGGGACGCUUCUCCAGGGCUGGAGCCACCAUCAGCGCCGAGGGGGAGAUCGUCCAAAUGCAUCCGUUGGGAUUGUGUAACAAUAACGACGAGGAGGACCUGUACGAGUACGGCUGGGUGGGCGUGGUCAAGCUGGAGCAACCCGAGCUGGACCCCAGUUGUCUCACCGUGCUGGGAAAGGCCAAGCGGGCGGUGCAGCGAGGAGCCACUGCCGUCAUCUUUGACGUGUCGGAAAACCCGGACGCCAUCGACCAGCUCAACCAGGUGGCGGACGGCCCCCUCAAACGUCCGGUGGUCUACGUGAAGGGCAACGACGCCGUCAAGUUGAUGAACAUCGUCAACAAGCAGAAAGUGGCGCGCGCCAGGAUCCAGCACAGGCCCCCCAGGCAGCCCACCGAGUACUUUGACAUGGGCAUCUUCCUGGCCUUCUUCGUGGUGGUGUCGCUCGUCUGCCUCAUCCUGCUGGUCAAGAUCAAGCUCAAGCAGAGGAGGAGUCAGAGCUCCAUGAACAGGAUGGCCAGCCAGGCGCUGGACAAGAUGGAAACGCGCAAGUUCAAGGCCAAAGGCGGCAAGGCGGCGAUGACGGCGGCGGCGACGGCGGCGGCGGCGAUGGCGGCGGCGCGCGAGAGCGGCCGCGGCACCUCCGACUCGCUGAGUAGCAGCUCCACGGCCGACUGCGCCAUCUGCCUGGAGAAGUACAUUGACGGAGAGGAGUUGCGGGUUAUCCCCUGUGCUCACCGCUUCCACAAGAAAUGCGUGGACCCCUGGUUGCUGCAGCAUCACACCUGCCCCCACUGCAGACACAACAUCAUCGAGCAGAAGCUGGCGUGCGCGGAGCCCGGGCGGCAGCAGCAGAGGCCGGUGCCGCCCGUCCACCACCCCGGCAGCCGGGCGCAGCAGCGGGUCGGCCGGGUGACGGCCUACCCGACCCGCACCGGCGUGGACCCCCACGGCAACACCGUCACCGUGCUGAUGGCGGAGCACCCGGACCCCGCCGGUCUGUACUCGCCCCGGGCCGCCUCUUCCUUCCUGCGGAGUUACCACGCCGCCCUGCACCUGGACCGCUCCCUCAACCCCCACCGCUGCGCGCUGCAGCACCGCGGACCCCCUGCCUACCAAGCGCGGCCGCCCCCGCAGCAACCCGCUCUGAAGCGCCCCAAAUUCCACGGCCGCAACUUGGCGCGGCCGGCGUGUUACCCCCAGUACCAAACCAUGUAUCAGCACUACUACUUCCAGGGCUUGACUUUCCCCCAGAUGCCCCCCGAGGCGGGGCGGGGCCCCCCGGCUCCGGGUCACGGGACCUUCUGGCAAGGACUCUCGUACCCCGACGGGGGCGGCGCUCCGGGCCCGAGCUGCUCCCACGGCCAGCGCUCGCCGUGCAGCGGCUACCUGGCCGACUGCCCCGGCAGCGACAGCAGCAGCAGCGGUGGCGGCGGCGGCGGCGACGGCGUUGGCUCGGGCCCCUGCCACUGCUCUUCCAGCGACUCGGUGUUGGACUGCACCGAAGUCAGCAACCAGGGUGUGUACGGGAGCCGCUCCACCUUUCGGAGUUCGCUGAGUAGCGACUACGACCCCUUCGUCUACCGGAGCAAGAGCCCGUGCGGGGCUUCGGCGGGGGAGGCCUGGCCCCCCGCCCCCGAGGAGUCCGCGCCCUCCUCCGCCGGACACGGCCGCCGCCCCCCUCCCUACAACUCCGGGGACCGGCUCUCCGACUCCAGCAGCCGCUCGUCUCUGGAGAGCGGCGCCGACGAGCUCGGGGCGGCGCCGGGAGUCGCCUGCGCCUGCGCCUGCCGCUCGCGGCGGGGGUCCGCGCGCCGCGCCCGGGGGGAAGGCCUACCUUGCUGUUUCUACCAGGAGGUGAAGGUCCACGGGGGGCCCCGUCACGCCGAGGACUACGCCGUCAACGUGCGGUACGCCGAGGUGGAGGCCCGCCCGGCGCAGGUGCAGGCGCAGGCGCAGGCGCAGGCCUGCCGCGAGCGCGACCAGCGAAUAGCCAUCAUCCCUGAGGACGCCGACUGCCAAAGCAGCCUUUUGCCCGCCGGCGACUUCUUGGCCCGAGGUCGCCCGUGCCCCCGGACCGAGGAGACCAGGCCUUUGUUUCCAUCUCACAGCUCGGAAAACACUUUGGGCCCGAGUACUGAGAGCGCUCCGGCCGUAUGAAGUCGGCAACGGCGGCAGUCGGAAACCUUCCGUGGCCUCGCUUUCUGCCGAAUGUGCUCGCGUGGCCAAAGCGUUUUGGUAUUUAAUGUUUUUUUGUUGUUGGUGGUGUUUGUAGCACUUAAGAUGGAGGAUGAAAAUGUGCGACGCAAAGGAAGGGCUCGUUUUGACAUUUUCGUUCAUUCAGAAAGACGAGCGAGCUGAACAGGUUUUCCAAGAAGGCCUCGGCGGCAUUUCAGGAUUGGAAAGAUGUUCUCGGAAUAUUUAUUGACUAAUAUAUUUAUCUGGAAGCCGCGUCUUCUGUUCAGAGUUGAUGGCGGGGAAAGCGCUUGAGCCCUUUGUACAUACGCGAUGAGUUGCACACCGGGCGGGCGGGCGGGCGAGCGAGACCGUUCAACCUUCUGACCAAAACAAAACAUUUGGUCACGCUCCUUUUUGGAAUAAGAGACAUGUGAAAUAAUACACUCCAAUUCAAGGAAGUA